UGGUCCUGAGUCACCAUGGCGCAGCAAGCCGCUGACAAGUACCUCUACGUGGACAAGAACUUCAUCAACAACCCGCUCGCCCAGGCCGACUGGGCGGCCAAGAAGCUGGUAUGGGUGCCCUCCGACAAGAGCGGCUUCGAGCCCGCCAGCCUGAAGGAGGAGGUGGGCGAGGAGGCCAUCGUGGAGCUGGUGGAGAACGGCAAGAAGGUGAAGGUCAACAAAGAUGACAUCCAGAAGAUGAACCCGCCCAAGUUCUCCAAGGUCGAGGACAUGGCCGAGCUCACUUGCCUCAACGAAGCCUCGGUGCUGCACAACCUCAAGGAGCGUUACUACUCGGGGCUCAUCUACACCUACUCCGGCCUCUUCUGUGUGGUCAUCAAUCCCUACAAGAACUUGCCCAUCUACUCAGAAGAGAUCGUGGAUAUGUACAAGGGCAAGAAGAGGCAUGAAAUGCCCCCCCACAUCUACGCCAUCACAGACACGGCCUACAGGAGCAUGAUGCAGGACCGAGAGGACCAAUCCAUCCUGUGCACGGGUGAAUCUGGUGCAGGCAAGACAGAAAACACCAAGAAAGUGAUUCAGUAUCUGGCCCACGUGGCCUCGUCACACAAAAGCAAGAAGGACCAGGGGGAGCUGGAGCGGCAGCUGCUGCAGGCUAACCCCAUCCUGGAGGCCUUCGGGAACGCCAAGACCGUGAAGAACGACAACUCCUCUCGAUUUGGCAAAUUCAUUCGCAUCAACUUUGAUGUCAACGGCUACAUCGUGGGUGCCAACAUUGAGACUUAUCUGCUGGAGAAGUCGCGUGCCAUCCGCCAGGCCAAGGACGAACGCACCUUCCACAUCUUCUACUACCUGCUGUCGGGGGCCGGGGAGCACCUCAAGACCGACCUCCUGCUGGAGCCAUAUAACAAGUACCGCUUCCUGUCCAAUGGUCACGUUACCAUCCCCGGGCAACAGGACAAAGACAUGUUCCAGGAGACCAUGGAGGCCAUGAGGAUCAUGGGCAUCCCCGAGGAUGAGCAGAUCGGCUUGCUGAGAGUCAUCUCAGGGGUCCUACAACUCGGCAACAUUGCCUUCAAGAAGGAGCGGAACACCGAUCAGGCCUCCAUGCCCGACAACACAGCUGCCCAAAAAGUGUCCCACCUCCUGGGGAUCAACGUGACUGACUUCACCCGUGGAAUCCUUACCCCUCGCAUCAAGGUGGGGCGGGAUUACGUCCAGAAGGCGCAGACCAAGGAGCAGGCUGACUUCGCCAUUGAGGCGCUGGCCAAGGCCACGUAUGAGCGCAUGUUCCGCUGGCUGGUGCUACGGAUCAACAAGGCUCUGGAUAAGACCAAGAGGCAGGGUGCCUCCUUCAUCGGCAUCCUGGACAUCGCCGGCUUCGAGAUCUUUGAUAUGAACUCCUUUGAGCAACUGUGCAUCAACUACACCAACGAGAAGCUGCAGCAGCUGUUCAACCACACCAUGUUCAUCCUGGAGCAGGAAGAGUACCAGCGCGAGGGCAUCGAGUGGAACUUCAUCGACUUCGGCCUCGACCUGCAGCCCUGCAUCGACCUCAUCGAGAAGCCGGCUGGCCCCCCUGGCAUCCUGGCCCUGCUGGAUGAGGAGUGUUGGUUCCCCAAAGCCACCGACAAGAGCUUCGUGGAGAAGGUGGUGCAGGAACAGGGUACGCACCCCAAGUUCCAGAAGCCCAAACAGCUGAAGGAUAAAGCGGAUUUCUGCAUCAUGCACUAUGCCGGCAAGGUGGAUUACAAAGCCGACGAGUGGCUGAUGAAGAACAUGGACCCCUUGAACGACAACAUCGCCACGCUCCUGCAUCAGUCCUCGGACAAGUUCGUCUCAGAGCUCUGGAAGGAUGUGGACCGCAUCAUCGGCCUGGACCAGGUGGCCGGAAUGUCAGAGACGGCGCUGCCCGGGGCCUUCAAGACGCGGAAGGGCAUGUUCCGCACGGUGGGGCAGCUGUACAAGGAGCAGCUGGGCAAGCUCAUGGCCACGCUGCGUAACACCAACCCCAACUUCGUCCGCUGCAUCAUCCCCAACCACGAGAAGAAGGCUGGCAAACUGGACCCCCAUCUGGUGCUGGAUCAGCUGCGUUGCAAUGGGGUUCUUGAGGGUAUCCGGAUCUGUCGCCAGGGCUUCCCCAACCGCGUGGUCUUCCAGGAGUUCCGGCAGCGAUACGAGAUCCUCACCCCGAAUUCUAUCCCGAAGGGUUUCAUGGAUGGAAAGCAGGCGUGUGUGCUCAUGAUCAAAGCCCUAGAGCUGGACAGUAACCUGUACCGCAUUGGCCAGAGCAAAGUUUUCUUCCGUGCUGGGGUAUUGGCCCACCUGGAGGAGGAACGAGACCUGAAGAUCACCGACGUCAUCAUCGGCUUCCAGGCCUGCUGCAGGGGCUACCUGGCCAGGAAGGCCUUUGCCAAGCGACAGCAGCAGCUGACGGCCAUGAAGGUGCUACAGCGGAACUGUGCCGCCUACCUCAAGCUGCGCAACUGGCAGUGGUGGCGGCUCUUCACCAAGGUCAAGCCGCUGCUGCAGGUGAGUCGGCAGGAGGAGGAGAUGAUGGCCAAGGAGGAGGAGCUGGUCAAGGUCCGGGAGAAGCAGCUGGCGGCUGAGAACCGGCUCACGGAGAUGGAGACUCUGCAGUCCCAGCUCCUGGCAGAGAAGCUGCAGCUCCAGGAACAGCUGCAGGCGGAGACCGAGCUGUGUGCCGAGGCUGAGGAGCUGCGCGCCCGGCUCACGGCCAAGAAGCAGGAGCUCGAGGAGAUCUGCCACGACCUGGAGGCCCGCGUGGAGGAGGAGGAAGAGCGCUGCCAGCACCUGCAGGCGGAUAAGAAGAAGAUGCAGCAGAAUAUCCAGGAGCUGGAGGAGCAGCUGGAGGAGGAGGAGAGUGCCAGGCAGAAGCUGCAGCUGGAGAAGGUGACAACGGAGGCGAAGCUCAAAAAGCUGGAGGAGGAGCAGAUUAUCAUGGAGGACCAGAACUGCAAGCUGGCCAAGGAGAAGAAGCUGCUGGAAGACAGGAUAGCCGAGUUCACCACCAACCUCACUGAGGAGGAGGAGAAGUCCAAGAGCCUGGCCAAGCUCAAGAACAAGCAUGAGGCCAUGAUCACUGACCUGGAGGAGCGUCUGCGGCGAGAAGAAAAGCAGCGGCAGGAGCUGGAGAAGACCCGGAGGAAGCUGGAGGGCGACUCUACCGACCUCAGCGACCAGAUCGCAGAACUGCAAGCCCAGAUCGCAGAGCUUAAAAUGCAGCUGGCGAAGAAGGAGGAGGAGCUGCAGGCAGCGCUGGCCAGAGUGGAGGAAGAGGCGUCGCAGAAGAACAUGGCCCUGAAAAAGAUCCGCGAGCUGGAGUCACAGAUCUCAGAGCUGCAGGAAGACCUGGACUCGGAGCGCGCUUCCCGGAACAAGGCCGAGAAGCAGAAGCGGGAUCUGGGCGAGGAGCUGGAGGCGCUGAAGACGGAGCUGGAGGACACGCUGGACUCCACGGCCGCCCAGCAGGAACUCAGGUCCAAGCGCGAACAAGAAGUGAACAUCCUGAAGAAGACGCUGGAGGAUGAGGCCAAGACACACGAGUCGCAGAUCCAGGAGAUGCGGCAGAAGCACUCGCAGGCCGUGGAAGAACUGGCUGAACAGCUAGAGCAGACCAAGCGCGUGAAGGCCAGCCUGGAGAAGGCCAAGCAGACGCUGGAGAGCGAGCGCGGGGAGCUGGCCAGUGAGGUGAAGGCCCUGCUGCAGGGCAAGGGGGACUCGGAGCACAAACGCAAGAAGGUGGAGGCGCAGCUGCAGGAGCUGCAGGGCAGGUUCACCGAGGGGGAGCGUGUGCGCACUGAACUGGCCGACAAAGUCACCAAGCUGCAGGUGGAGCUGGACAAUGUGACAGGCCUCCUCACACAAUCGGACAGCAAGUCCAGCAAACUCUCCAAGGACUUCUCCACGCUGGAGUCCCAGCUGCAGGACACACAGGAGCAACUGCAGGAAGAGAACCGGCAGAAGCUGAGCCUGAGCACAAAGCUGAAGCAGGUGGAGGAUGAGAAAAACUCCAUCCGGGAGCAGCUGGAGGAGGAGGAGGAGGCCAAGCGCAACCUGGAAAAGCACAUUGCCACCCUCCAGGCACAGGUGACCGACAUGAAGAAGAGGAUGGAGGACGGUGUCGGGUGCCUGGAGACGGCCGAGGAGGCCAAGAAAAAGCUGCAGAAGGACCUGGAGGGGCUGGGCCAGCGCUUCGAGGAGAAGGCGGCGGCCUAUGACAAGCUGGAGAAGACCAAGACGAGGCUGCAGCAGGAGCUGGACGACCUGCUGGUGGACCUGGACCACCAGCGGCAGAGCGUGUGCAACCUGGAGAAGAAGCAGAAGAAGUUCGACCAGCUCCUGGCUGAGGAGAAGAUGAUCUCGGCCAAGUAUGCUGAGGAACGUGACCGGGCAGAGGCGGAGGCCCGGGAGAAGGAGACCAAGGCGCUGUCUCUGGCCCGGGCCCUGGAGGAGGCCGUGGAGCAGAAGGCCGAGCUGGAGCGGCUCAACAAGCAGUACCGCACAGAGAUGGAGGAUCUCAUGAGCUCCAAGGAUGAUGUGGGCAAGAGCGUCCAUGAGCUGGAGAAGUCCAAGCGGGCACUGGAGCAGCAGGUGGAGGAGAUGAAGACGCAGCUUGAGGAGCUGGAGGACGAGCUGCAGGCCACAGAGGAUGCCAAGCUGCGGUUGGAGGUGAACCUGCAGGCCAUGAAGGCCCAGUUCGAGCGCGACCUGCAGGGCCGUGACGAGCAGAGCGAGGAGAAGAAGAAGCAGCUGGUCCGCCAGGUGCGGGAGAUGGAGGCGGAGCUGGAGGAUGAGAGGAAGCAGCGCUCCAUGGCAAUGGCUGCCCGGAAGAAGCUGGAGUUGGACCUGAAGGACCUGGAGGCCCACAUCGACUCAGCCAAUAAGAACCGUGACGAAGCCAUCAAACAAUUGCGGAAGCUGCAGGCCCAGAUGAAAGACUACAUGCGUGAGCUGGAGGACACACGUGCCUCCCGUGAAGACAUCCUGGCACAGGCCAAGGAGAAUGAGAAGAAACUGAAGAGCAUGGAAGCAGAGAUGAUCCAAUUGCAGGAGGAGCUGGCGGCCGCUGAACGGGCCAAACGCCAGGCCCAGCAGGAGCGGGACGAACUGGCCGACGAGAUCGCCAACAGCAGCGGCAAAGGAGCCCUGGCCCUGGAGGAGAAGCGGCGCCUGGAGGCUCGCAUUGCCCAGCUGGAGGAGGAGCUGGAGGAAGAACAGGGCAACACAGAGCUGAUCAACGACCGGCUGAAGAAGUCCAACCUGCAGAUCGACCAGCUCAACACCGACCUGAACCUGGAGCGCAGCCACGCGCAGAAGAACGAGAACGCGCGGCAGCAGAUGGAGCGGCAGAACAAGGAACUCAAGGUCAAGCUGCAGGAGAUGGAGGCCACGGUCAAGUCCAAGUACAAGGCCUCCAUCACCGCCCUCGAGGCCAAGAUAGCGCAGCUGGAGGAGCAGCUGGACAACGAGACCAAGGAGCGCCAGGCGGCCAGCAAGCAGGUGCGGCGGGCAGAGAAGAGGCUGAAGGACGUGUUGCUGCAGGUGGAUGACGAACGUAGGAACGCCGAGCAGUUCAAGGACCAGGCCGACAAGGCGUCCACCCGCCUGAAGCAGCUCAAGCGGCAGCUGGAGGAGGCCGAGGAGGAGGCACAGCGGGCCAACGCGUCCCGAAGGAAGCUGCAGCGGGAGCUGGAGGACGCCACGGAGACAGCCGACGCCAUGAACCGAGAAGUCAGCACCCUCAAGAGCAAGCUCAGGCGUGGGGACCUGCCUUUUGUUGUGCCCCGCCGAAUGGCCCGGAAAGGAGCUGGCGAAUGCUCGGACGAGGAAGUGGAUGGCAAAGCCGAUGGGGCUGAGGGCAAAGCUGCCGAGUAAAUGCCGCCCAGGACCGGACGAAAAGUCGGACGCACACCCCCAAGGACGCCGCACCCCGGAUCAGCUCCGCCUGCGACCCCACCCCGUGCCUCCCCCACCAGGCCAGGAUGCCUCAGGGUGCAGUCCUCACCCCUGCUGGUCCUCGUCCCCCCCCAUCUAACCCCACCACUUUGUCCAGGGCAUUUGGCUUCCUGUCCCACGGCUUCCCCUCCU